AAACAACCCGCCUUCCAAAUCAACCUCACACAACAACCCUUACUCCUUACAAACCGUCACCAUGGCAAAGAAGCUAUGGACCAUGCUGGAAAAUAACCCCCAUGUCAUGAACCAUCUCGCAAAGGACCUCGGCCUCGAUACAUCCGCCUUCUCUUUUCACGAUGUCUACUCCCUCACUGACCCGGACAUGCUGGCUUUCAUUCCCAGGCCAGUCUUAGCACUGCUUGUCAUCAUACCACUCACGCCAACAUGGCACGAGGCGCGCACAGCAGAAGACAAGGACAAGUCCGAGUAUGCAGGCAAAGGCGAAACAGAGCCCGUCAUUUGGUUCAAGCAAACCAUCGGUAACGCCUGCGGUAGCAUAGGUUUAGUCCACUGUCUGCUCAACACCCCGGCAUCAGACCACAUCCAGUCUUCUUCCCCUCUUGACCAGAUUCGUGCCGAUGCGCUGCCAAAACCCAUCUGGGAACGAGCUAAAGUACUCGAGGAUUCGGAUGCCUUCGAAAAGGCUCAUGCUGAUGCGGCAAAACUUGGCGAUACUGCUUCACCUGCACCCACGUCAGAUGAGCAUAAUGGUCAGCAUUUUGUCGCGUUUGUCAAGGCCAAAGAUGGGCAUUUGUGGGAGCUUGAAGGUGAUCGCAAGGGUCCGCUUGAUCGAGGGCUACUGGGCGAUGACGAAGACGUGCUCAGCCCUGGGGCACUGGAGAAAGGAAUUGGAAGGCUGAUGAGAAUUGAAAAUGAAAAAGGUGGGGAUCUGAGGUUCUCAGUAAUCGCCCUUGCGCCAAGCUUCACAUAGCAUGAUCAGGAAGCCCUGUUAUGAAUGGGCACGAGAUCAAGUUUUAAUCCCUCUCUCCCCACUUGGGCCAUCCGGUUACGGCGUUUCGAAUGUCAUUCAUCGGUAGAGUUGCCAUUUAUUCUAUCUUUUACAGGAAAGGCUAGACAGAUUUGUAUGUCUGCAUAGCUUAGUAUAGUAUCAUCCCUGUCGUUGCCUGUUUACUUACUUGAUGUAUGUAAAUCUAAAAGGCCACUUUGGACUAGCCGAAGCGGUUGGCUGCCGCGGGCCGUGUAAUAGCCGCCACGAGCCGAACUAUAGUUGCCGCAGUG